CUAUCCUUAUUUAUAUUAACAAUGUGCAAUAUUACAUUUUUUUUUUAGCUUGCCGUUUUGAAUUUCAAUUUUAUUUGAAAUAACCUAAUGUAGAAUAAGUUAGUUGGGAAAUGAGGGACGGCCCGCUUGAGUAAGACGUGGUGGGGAGGGAGCUGUAUAGAAAGAGACUGCUGCUUACAUAUGUUUCAAUCUUCUUGCUCUAAAUCUUUCGGCAAAGAGAGAGAGAGAAGAGAUGGGGAAUUGUCAAGCAAUAGAUGCUGCAGCGUUGGUGAUACAACAUCCAUGUGGGAGGAUAGAGAGGUUAUAUUGGCCGAUUCCGGCAAGUGAAGUGAUGAGAAUGAAUCCAGGUCAUUACGUUUCACUUAUCGUUCCACUGCCUGUGUCCGAGGAAUUAGAGAAUCAAGAUGAAAAGACCAUACGUUUCACCCGUGUUAAGCUUCUCCGGCCUAGCGAUACUCUUGCCCUUGGCCAUGCUUAUCGGCUUAUCACUUCUCAAGAGGUCAUGAAGGUUUUGAGGGCAAAGAAAUAUGCAAAAAUGAAAAGUCAGCAGCUGGAAUCAAAUGAAAAGCAUGGACAAGAGAACCAAAGUUCAGGACGUGAGUCAAUGGGAAAGUCUGACAUGGAGCAGACCUACCAAGAAUAGCACGAAACUCAAGUAAUUAGAGAGACAGAAGUACAAUAACGACAUAUGUUGGAAGUUUUAUUCCAAAUAGCACCAUUUUAUAUCCAAACAGUAAAUGCAGAGAAUAAUUGGGUGGCUCAUCUUUCAUAUAUGUUCUUCCCAGCUAAGCAACAUGUUAGUAGGGUCCUCAGACACUCAUUCCCGUUUGCAGUUGAGUAGAAGUAGAACACUUGAACAAAUAUCAAUAGAAAUAAUUUUCAUGUUUUAUUUAAAUCUUUCAUUCUUAUUCAU